AUGUGCGGAAUCGGAGUGUUUGUUAACUGUGAGCCAGAUGAUCGAACAAUCAAAGCAUUGAAAAACCGAGGGCCAGAUUUUUAUCACCAGGAGACCUUCAACGUUGUAGGACAGUCAGUAACAGUCGUUGCUACUGUUUUGUCUCACCAAGGAGAAGGAAUAAUUUCGCAGCCCAUUGUCACCGACGACUUUAUUUUCCUUUGGAACGGCGAAGUUUACGAUCAUCCUCGCUAUCAACCGCAAGAAGGUGGCGAUACCAACUGGUUCUUUGAUAAUGUCGGUUCGCAAAUCACCGGCGAAAAUGCGACAGGAAUUGAAAUCAUGAAAGAAAUCAGAGGAGAGUUUGCAUUUUGCACAAUCAACCGAAAAACUGGAGAAAUUUCUUUUGGACGAGAUCGACUCGGUCGCCGAUCAUUGCUUCUUUAUUCCUUUGAAAAUAAAUUUAUUCUGGCUUCAUCUUCGUCUGGCUAUCACUUCAUAGAACUACCCGCUGAUGGUCUCUACAGUUUUAACUUGAAAAUGAUGGACAAACUCAAGAGACAUCCAUUCGCAGCGAAUACAAAAGUUGAUGGGCACAUGCUCGACGAGUUUUUAUUCUCGAAUUUGAACGAAAACAUGUUAGCAAUAGAAGGAAUCAAAGAUGGGAAACUACACUCGCUUCCAGUCGAGAAUGUUCAAGGCUCACUUACUUCCGAUUUAUGGAACUUCGAGCAGAAUUUUGACGGGUCUUGCACUAACGACUGGUUGCCAGAGCUUGAAAUAGUCUUCAAAAAAGCAGUUGAGCGCAGAGUAAAGCUAAGAAAAGGAUCAGUAGGAGUUCUAUUCUCUGGUGGACUUGAUUGCUCUCUUGUGGUAGCGCAGGUGCUGGAAAUUUUCGAAGGACAGCGGGAGUUAGCGACUACGGUUUAUCUCUACUCUGUUGCGUUUGGAGACAACGAGGAAAAAUGCGAAAAGUGUCCAGAUAGAAUAACCGCCGUAGCAGCAUUUCAAGAAAUCACAGAAGCUCAUCCAACAGCGGAUUUGAUCCUCGUCAAAGAAAAUAUUUCAAAACAGGAGCUUCAGAAAACCAGAGAUGAGAGAAUAAAACAUCUGAUAUCUCCUCGAAUUUCCGUUCUUGAUGAUUCUAUCGGCAGUGCGCUUUACUUUGCUGCUCACUCCGAAGUUGGCAGUGAUUGUAGAUUGCUUCUUUCUGGCCUCGGUGCGGAUGAAUUGUUUUGUGGGUAUUCUUGUCAUAGACGCGUUCACGAUCGUGAAGGACUUGAUGCUUUAGGGCUAGAAGUUCAAACGCACAUUGAAAGAAUCGCCGAAAGAAAUUGCGGUCGAGACGAUCGAGUGAUUUCAGAUAGCGGGCGAGAAUACAGAAUGCCUUUUCUCGAUUUGGAUUUGAUCAGUUUCUCCUCGUCAAUUCCAAUUCCAGCGAGAUGCGAUCUGACAAAGCCAAGGGGAGAAGGUGAAAAGAUGCUCUUGAGACAACUUGCUUACAAAAAGGGAUUAAAAACAAUUUCUUCGUUCGAGAAGCGCGCGAUCCAGUUUGGCUCAAGAAUAGUGAAGAUGGAAGACAAGAAAGUGAAGGGAAACGAUAUCUGUGCAAACUUACAGAAAUAG